AACGCCUUCUGUACACACGUCAGCUUUCAACUUCGUAGAAAGAAAUUAAUGUGCUGUCUGCAAUCAAAUCCCAACACGCUUUCUUUCUAUAUUCAUACCUAUCGAUCCUCCUCUAUUACUGAAUUCGAUCUCUCCAUCUUCGCUCUCUUAGCUUUUUGAUUCUCUAGUAAAUCGUACGAUCUGUAUCAGUUUCAAUGGCAGCAGAAGGGGUGAGAGUGGAGCAAAGACAUGGGAAGGCGAGAGUGAGAGUUGGGAGAGUUUGGCGUCAAGGCGGCGAUGGAUCUCAUCACUUUGUUGAAUGGAACGUUAGCAUCAGCCUUCUCUCUCACUGCCUCUCUUCUUACCACCGUGACGAUAACUCCGACAUCGUCGCUACCGAUACCAUGAAAAACACCGUUUAUGUGAAGGCGAAAGAGUGUGGAGAUCGACUCUCUGUAGAGGAAUUUGCAAUACUUUUAGGGAAUCACUUUUCCUCCUUUUAUCCACAGGUUUACACUGCUAUUGUUAAUAUCAUUGAGAAGCCGUGGGAGCGUGUAUGCAUUGAUGGAAAGCCCCAUUUACAUGGUUUCAAGCUUGGGUCAGAGAACCAUACAGUGGAGGCUACAGUACAAAAGUCUGGUGCACUAACCUUAACUUCUGGUGUUGCAGGACUAGCUCUGCUCAAGACAACCCAGUCAGGAUUUGAGAAGUUUGUGAGAGACAAGUACACCAUUCUGCCGGACACUCGAGAGAGAAUGCUUGCCACAGAGAUGAAUGCAUCUUGGAGGUACUCAUAUGAGUCUGUUGCAAGCAUCCCAAAAAAGGAACUCUACUUCAGUGAGAAGUUCAUGGAAGUGAAGAAAGUUCUAAUGGAUACUUUCUUUGGUCCUCCAGAAACCGGUGUGUAUAGUCCUUCUGUCCAACGCACACUCUAUCUUAUGGGAAGCGCUGUACUGAGAAGGUUCCCUGAUGUAGCAUCGAUUCACCUUAAAAUGCCAAAUAUUCACUUCUUACCUGUAAAUCUUUCAACAAAGGAAAACCCUUCAAUGGUUAAGUUUAAGGAUGAUGUGUAUUUGCCAACGGAUGAACCUCAUGGAUCUAUUGAAGCAACCCUAAGCCGCAUAACCUCGAAAAUGUAAAAGCUUUUGGACAAUGCAAUGACAGUUUAAAGACAACACUUCACAUGUUCUACAACUUUUGGCUUUUUUGCCUUGUUUAUGAAAUAAAGAGGGGCACUCUUCAUGAGGUGUUAGCUAUAUGUUGCAAGAAACUAUGGUGUCUUUGAACACAAAAAAAUGUAUGUGAUGCAUGGGUUUGCAUUUAUAUGCUAUAUAAACCAUGUACAUGACCUUCCUUGUACCCAAAAUGUUUCAACUUGAAUUACAAUGUUGUUGUAGUUGAAGUGAAUCAUUGCUCAA